CAUUCUUCUUGGCAGCAACUCACAGGUUUUCACUCACUCUACGGUUCCGCAUCGGUUAGCGUCUGAUUGUUGUUAUUUGAUUUCCGCUCCUCUCGCUGCUUCGAAUCUCGCGGACUUCCAUAACAGACGAUCUCUCUAGAUCUGUUUCUGCUUGAACGCCAUUUCUGUUUUCUCUCGCUCUCCUCUCCUCUCCUCUUUCUGCCAGAGAGAAAGUAAUCUUCAUUGGAGAAAUGGUUUACUCCUCGGUGUCAGGUAUACGGUUUCCUUCUGCCAUUCUGCUUCACAACUCUAGUCCCUCGAGCUUCAGUGGCGACCGCAGGAGCGCUACUCUCUCGCUUUUCUUGAAGAAGGAGCCGCUUUUUCGGAAGAUAUUUGCUCGAAAGCCAUCUUACGAUUCUGAUUCCCCAUCAUUAGUUGUUACUGCAUCUGAGAAGGUCCUUGUUCCUGGCAGCCAGAGUGAUGGCUCUUCAUCCAUGACAGACCAAUUGGAAGUUCCUGAAACACUUUCUGAAGAUUCUCAGGUACUUGAUAAUGUAGAUGCUCAAACAGUGGAAAAUGGUGAAGUUGAAGAUGAAGAGCCAGAUACAGUUUCCUCUUCAUUUGUAGAUGAUAGUGAUAAGCCUCUUGUUAAGGAAUCAGUUCCCGUAGGUGGGAGAGUUACUCUUGAAGAAAUGGAAGCUAGACCAAAGAGCAUUCCCUCUUCAUUUGUAGAUGAUAGCGAUAAGCCUCUUGUUAAGGAAUCAGUUCCCGUAGGUGGGAGAGUUACUCUUGAAGAAAUGGAAGCUAGACCAAAGAGCAUUCCUCCACCUGGCACCGGUCAGAAAAUAUAUGAAAUAGAUCCAAUGUUGAAUGGUUAUCGUGAUCAUCUUGAAUACCGAUAUGAGCAAUACAAAAAAAUGCGAGAAGCAAUUGAUAAGUAUGAAGGUGGUCUGGAAGUGUUCUCUCGUGGCUAUGAAAAAUUAGGCUUUCUACGCAGUGCCACAGGCAUAACCUAUAGGGAGUGGGCACCAGGAGCUAAGUCAGCAUCGCUGAUUGGAGAUUUUAACAAUUGGAAUCCUCAUGCAGAUGUUAUGACCCAGAAUGAAUUUGGAGUCUGGGAGAUCUUUUUGCCAAACAGUGUUGAUGGUUCACCACCAAUACCUCAUGGCUCUCGUGUAAAGAUUCGCAUGGAUACCCCAUCUGGUAUCAAAGACUCCAUUCCUGCUUGGAUUAAAUUCUCUGUACAAGCCCCAGGUGAAAUCCCAUACAAUGGCAUCUACUAUGAUCCGCCAGAGGAGGAGAAGUAUGUGUUUGUCCAUCCUCGUCCAAAGAGGCCCAAAUCACUCAGAAUUUAUGAGUCGCAUGUGGGAAUGAGUAGCACGGAACCAAUUGUUAACACAUAUGCCAACUUUAGAGAUGAUGUGCUUCCUCGCAUUAAGAGGCUUGGGUAUAAUGCUGUUCAGAUAAUGGCUAUCCAGGAACAUUCAUAUUAUGCCAGCUUUGGGUACCAUGUUACAAAUUUCUUUGCACCUAGCAGCCGAUGUGGAACCCCUGAUGAUCUUAAGUCUCUUGUAGAUAGAGCUCAUGAGCUAGGUCUGAUUGUUCUCAUGGAUGUUGUUCAUAGCCAUGCAUCUAAUAAUACAUUGGAUGGACUGAACAUGUUUGAUGGAACGGAUGGUCACUACUUCCACACUGGGUCACAGGGUUAUCACUGGAUGUGGGAUUCUCGUCUCUUCAAUUAUGGAAGCUGGGAAGUAUUACGAUUUCUUCUUUCUAAUGCGAGAUGGUGGCUAGAAGAAUAUAAAUUUGAUGGAUUCAGAUUUGAUGGUGUUACUUCAAUGAUGUACACUCAUCAUGGAUUAGCGGUCGGGUUUACUGGUAACUAUAAGGAAUACUUUGGAUUUGCAACUGACGUGGAUGCUGUGGUAUAUCUGAUGCUGGUUAAUGAUCUCAUUCAUGGACUCUUCCCUGAGGCUGUGACCGUUGGUGAAGAUGUUAGUGGAAUGCCAACGUUCUGCAUCCCUGUCCAAGAUGGUGGUGUGGGAUUUGAUUACCGCCUCCACAUGGCUGUUCCUGAUAAAUGGAUUGAGCUUCUUAAGAAGAAGGAUGAAGAUUGGAGAAUGGGUGAUAUUGUUUACACACUCACCAACAGGAGGUGGCUGGAAAAGUGUGUAGCUUAUGCUGAAAGUCAUGAUCAGGCCCUUGUGGGCGAUAAAACAAUUGCAUUCUGGCUGAUGGACAAGGAUAUGUAUGACUUUAUGGCUCUGGACAGACCAUCAACUCCCCUCAUAGAUCGUGGGAUAGCAUUACAUAAAAUGAUUAGGCUUAUUACCAUGGGACUGGGUGGAGAAGGAUAUUUAAAUUUUAUGGGAAAUGAAUUUGGACAUCCUGAAUGGAUUGAUUUUCCAAGAGGCGAUCAGAAGCUUCCCAAUGGCUCAGUGAUUCCUGGAAACAAUUAUAGUUAUGAUAAAUGCCGGCGUAGAUUUGAUCUGGGGGAUGCAAAUUAUCUUAGAUAUUGUGGAAUGCAAGAAUUUGACCAGGCCAUGCAGCAUCUUGAAGAGAAAUAUGGUUUUAUGACCUCUGAACACCAAUAUGUCUCACGGAUGGAUGAAGGAGAUAGAAUGAUUGUCUUUGAAAGAGGGAACCUAGUUUUUGUCUUCAAUUUUCAUUGGACUAAAAGCUACUCAGGCUACAGAGUGGGCUGCUUGAAACCAGGGAAAUAUAAGAUUGUCUUGGACUCUGAUGAUGCCUUAUUUGGAGGCUUCAGCCGUCUCGAGCGUAAUGCUGAGUACUUCACCUCUGAAGGAUCGUAUAAUGAUCGGCCUUGUUCCUUCAUGGUGUAUGCACCAAGUAGAACAGCAGUGGUUUAUGCUCUGAUAGAUGAUGAAGAAAAAAAGGGAGGAGAAAAAGAAAAAGAAAAUGAAGAAGAAGAAGAUAAUGGAGAAGGAGAAGAAGAAGAAGAAGCUGUCAAAGAGUAAUCAAGUUUUAGCACACGCCCAACGGAUUAAGUAGCAUUCUGGAAGUUCUCAUCGUGAACGUGAAUUGAACAUAAUAAACUUCGGCUUAUAACUGUCACGAGAGUCCUCCAAAGAAAUAGGUUCCGACGGUCAGCCUCUUUCUGAUCUGGGGAUGAAACAUCGAAGUGAAAAACAGGAGAGAGCAAAACGUGCCUGCACCUUAUUCAGAUUGGAGUGAAGAGCCUCGGCAACCAGCUUUUACAAGUGUUAGCUAAAUUAAUUUCCUUUCUGCGUUGUAAAUGUUUUUUCUGUAUUAUUUUUCUCAAGCUUAAUUAUUAUCACGGUACCACAGCUAGAUGUUUUUCCGCGUAUAGCAUGCAGUGCAGUGUAAUGUUAUAUCCGAAUGCCCUGUAAGCUAUGGCACAUCCAGUGAAAUGCAUAGCUCGACAUUGGUGA